AUGGAGUCGGAGUCUGACGACGAGGGAAGCUCCAAGUCUGCGCCUAAGGCCAAGUUCUCGUUUGGAGGCAUUUCAAGCGCGGCGUCAAAGCUGAAGGCGACCGUGGCCAAGCACAAGAAGGCCAAGGACGAUGCCGAGUCGAGCGGAAGGCACGCCAAGGGCAAGGACGAUACUGAGGUCGAUCUGCUUGACGAAGUGCCCGACGAUCUCAAGAAGCUCAUCGGCAAGGCGCCCAAGCCCAGCUCGGGCAUCUCCAUCUCGUUUGGCUCCAAGGCCACGAGCAGUGACAAGGCCAAGGACGACGCUGACAAGAAGAAGGGCGGUGCCGGCGGGUUCACGUUCGGCAAGCCCAAGGCCAAGGACGAGUCUGGCGAGGGCGCUGACGACAAGGCCAAGGACGACGCCGGCAAGAAGAAGAGCGGUGCUGGCGGGUUCACGUUUGGCAAGCCCAAGGCCAAGGACGAGUCUGGCGAGGGCGCUGACGACAAGGCCAAGGACGACGCCGGCAAGAAGAAGAGUGGUGCCGGCGGGUUCACGUUCGGCAAGCCCAAGGCCAAGGGCGAGUCUGGCGAGGGCGCUGACGACAAGCCCAAGGCCAAGGCGAAGACGCCGAGCAUGGGCAAGUUCUCGUUUGGCAAGCCAGCCAGCAUCGAAAGUGAUCUGGCCAGCAAGGCCGAAAACAAGACCCAGGAGAAGCCAAAGGCGGCGCCGGCUGCGGCGCCGGCUUACAAGCCGCUGAAGAAGGCGUCCAAGGAGCGGCUCCGGCAGCAGGCCAACGAGGCGGCGUUCAAGGAGGACGGCUUUGCGCCAUCGGCGUUCGAGGGCGAGAAAAAGGCCGAGGAGAAGCCAAAGGCGGCGCCGGCUGCGGCGCCGGCUUACAAGCCGCUGAAGAAGGCGUCCAAGGAGCGGCUCCGGCAGCAGGCCAACGAGGCGGCGUUCCAGGAGGACGGCUUUGCACCGUCAGCGUUUGAGGGCGAGAAGAACGAGACCAACGCCGACGUGACCGCUGAAAAGGAAAAGCUGAAGGCCAAGUUUGGCAAGACCGAGUCUGCGUUUGGCAAGGGCUCGAGCUUUGCAAGCAAGAAGAUUGCGUUUGGCAAGAAGGCCGAUGGCGAGGCGAGCAAGUCGUCCGAGCCGGGUAAGUUUGCCUUUGGCAAGCCGAGCGCCGCGGCCAAGCCGGCCGCGGCCGCGGCCAAUCCCGCAGACGCCGAGGCGUCGACGCCCAAAGCCAAGCGGUUUGCCUUUGGCAACCAGAACAAGUCGGGCGAGAAGAAGGCUAUGCAGCGGUCGGACGGCUCAGCUAUCGCUACGCCGUUCUCCACCGGCAUUUCCAGCCAGCCCAAGGGCUUUGGCCAGUCGAGCAGCAAUGCAAAGCCGAACCCGUUCGGCGCGCCGCCUGCCAUGCCGGCGUUCGGUGGCGGCUCCAAGCCUGCGUUUGGCGCCGGCGCAAGCGGCGGCAACCCGUUUGCACCGGCGGCGCCGCCCAAGCCUGCAUUUGGUGGUGGCGGCGACGGCAACCCGUUUGCACCGGCGGCGCCGCCCAAGCCUGCGUUUGGCGGCGGCGGCAGCAAUCCGUUUACACCGGCGGCGCCGCCCAAGCCUGUGUUUGGUGGUGGUGGGGGCGGCAACCCGUUCUCGCCGGCGGCGCCGCCCAAGCCCGCGUUUGGUGGCGGUAGCGGUGGCGGCGGAGCGUUUGGUGGUGGCGCGUUUGGCGGCGGCAACAGCGGCGGCGGCGUGUUUGGCGGCAACAGCGGCGGUGGCGCGUUUGGCGGCAACAGUGGCGGAGGCGCGUUUGGCGGCGGCAACAGCGGCGGUGGUGCGUUUGGCGGCGGCAACAGCGGCGGUGGUGCGUUUGGCGGCGGCAACAACGGCGGUGGUGCGUUUGGCGGCGGCGGCAACAGCGGCGGCGGCGCGUUUGGCGGCGGCAACAGCGGCGGCGGCGCGUUUGGUGGCGGCAGCAGCGGCGGAGGCGCGUUUGGUGGCGGCAACAGCGGCGGUGGCGCGUUUGGUGGCGGCAGCAGCGGCGGCGGAAGUGGCAGUGCUUCUAACAUCGGCAUCCCGCUCGCCGACCCUGAGACGCUGGCCAAGCGCAAGAAGGUCAAGGUCCGCUAUAAGCGCCGUUAA